AUGUAUCCCUCUCGUGUGUUUAGGAUGCAGCCUUCCCGGCCCUUCUAUGCUCCUACUCCUAAGGAGAACCAGAGCGCCCACACCAUCUCUCAGCGCCUGCGCACCUUGAAGAGGGUCCCCCCGGAGCUGAUUCCUCUCGGUAUCGUUCUUGGCGUCGCCCUCGGUGCUGCUAUCUAUUCCUCCAGCAAGAAGCUCAUGACCGACAAGACCCUGCGUCUCUACCGCAACAAGCCCGAGGACCGCGAGCACUAA